AUAUAAAUUCGCCCAAAAGUGCUGAAGUGUAUUCGAACGGCGCAACUUCAGCGCGCCUGUGUGUUUUUGAUCAACAAUGGAGAAUUCGCAAAUCGGCGCCCUAAAACCCUUGCAAAAUCUCUACCCUUUACCUCCUCGCCGCCGGCUACUCAUGAGCCAAACCUACAGUACACUACUUCAGAUUAUAUCCGAUUGCCCGAGCACAGACUCCACCACUGAUAAACAAAAACUAGAUGACAAUGAGAGCAGUAAACUGGGAACAGAAAAUGAAGUUGGUGAAUCAGUUGAUCAUCGUCUCAUCAGGUCUGAGAAUUUGUUAGGUACUGGUCCUGCUCAUAACGAGUCUAACAAUCUGGCAGUGCAAUCGGGUUCUGGUGAUAGAAGUGAUGGGAACUCUCGUUAUGGAUAUGGAGAUUUUACUCGUGCACGAAUGCAAGUAGAUUUAGAUCUGUCAAAUCAUACAAGUAAUGCAGUAGAAGGCGAUAGAGGUGAUUUUAUAACAAACGAUAUCAUUGAUAUGAAUUGUUUGGUACACAAAACUCUUGGUUAUAACUAUCAAAUGGUCAAGGAACCUGGGAAUAGGUGUAGCACUCAUGAAUCUGAGGUGAAGGAGCCUGAUCCUAUCAGACCGGUAGGAUUAGACAAAGACUCCAGUAUUGAUGAUGUCAGUGCAGGAAUAGAAUCAUGUUUUGGUGCGGAUGCAAUUGCUGAUUUGUCGCAACCUGCAGAGCUCUCUGGAGAGAAAAUGGAUGAUUCUGAGACACAUUUUUCGGAAGAAAUGAAGCAUGGAUUGCGUGUAAAAGAGGUGGAGUUGGAAACAUUGAUAUCUUCUGCUGGAGCAGCAGAGUCGUCUGUCCAUGUUCCUAUGGGUGAAGAGAUGGAGGAAGGGGAAGCAUUCAGAGAUUUUAUGGUUUUUGAUGAAUCAGAUUAUGACAUUCUUAAUCAUAUUGGGAAUGAGAAGAAGGAUGGAGCAGAUGAGUCUCCUGCUGACAUUUCCGGUAGAGAAGAGUUUGCUUUUGAUGUUCACGUUAAUGCACCACAGAGGAAGGAUGCUUCUGCCUCUUCAACCAAUGAUGCAGUUGAUGAGGAUAACACCUUUGUUGGGGGAGAGUUCAUAAGAAAGUUCAGAGAAGAGCCGCAAGAUAAUACUGAAAAGGUUUUCCGCUCAAAGGAUGUCGAGACCAGAAAGGUUUGUGUGUAUGACACCAUUUUGGAUAGUGAAAAUAAUGCUAAGCAAGUUGGUGGAGACGUGAAGUUAGAUCAUCCUGCUGGUUCUCAAUUUGACUCAACCUCCGGUGUAAAUGCAAAAAAAAGAAAACACUUAAAAGUUGCUACUGAGAAUGAGAAUAUUGGUAAAAAUGAAAAGAAGCGAGGUCCUUUAACCAAGGAAAGCAAAGCAAGGAAAAAGGCCAAGCGGAGAAGUAAACGAGCUGAAGAGAGAAUAAAGCUUGGAGUUAAAAGGCUGAGGCUUCCACCAGUGGUGAAACCAAAAGUCGUGAAAUAUUGCCGCCAUUAUCUCAAGGGAAGAUGCCUAGAGGGUGAGGCGUGUAAAUUUUCUCAUGAUACCAUCCCCUUGACAAAGUCAAAGCCAUGUUGUCAUUUUGCACGUCAGUCUUGCAUGAAAGGUGAUGACUGCCCGUUUGAUCAUCAACUCUCCAAGUAUCCGUGCGAUAAAUAUGCUUCCCAAGGGUUUUGCAACAGAGGUUCUAGUUGUUUAUUUUCACAUGAGAUAACUGUUAAGACAGAGGCAGUUACAAGUCCUAUUGCUUCAAACUCUUUGGUCCAAGUAAACACAAAUGGAAUGUUGCAUAAAGACGUUAACUCCACAUCUAGUUCAGCUGGGCUUGUUCCCCGUAAUAGCACUGAGCGAACUGUAUUAGAGCAUGUGCGAAAGCCAGCUGCAUCAACACCCAAAGGUAUCACGUUCUUAUCUCAUGGGAAGUCUUUGCAAGGUGAUGCCAGAAAGCAUGAAGAAGUUGGUUUACCCUCCAAAGCAAAUGGUGUUGACAAUAUUCAGAAACCGAAUGGAUUUAUGAAAGGCGCAUCUACGAGGACACCACAAGGAAUGAACUUCUUGUCCUUUGGCCGAGCACCUUCAGCUGAGCCUAGUGGUGACACAUUGUCAGGCGUGCUUAAUAUGGAUUAUGGAGUUGAUAAAUUGCAACUGGUUGACAUGAAAGCCAAGUUAGGGAGCAUCAAUCAAAUGUCGACUAGAACCCCUCCUGGUUCUGUACCUCGGGGUGUAAACUUCCUGUCAGUUGACAAAGCAGUAGAAGAUAGACCGCAUCCUAAUGAGUGUUACAGUGCUUCAUCACCCAUUCAGAGGAGACAAAGUGCACCAAAUACAACUUCCAGCGAAAUGCCAUUUAGACAGUUGAGUUCUUUAUUUCCAGCUGGGCAGUCCUUAAUCCAGUCCGCACAAAAGUGCAAUGCAGAAAUUGCCAGCUCCCCAAAGGCACCGUUCCUUGCAAAUACACCAAGCUCGAUUCAAAAGGCUCUUCAGUCAACUUUAGCAUUUGCGGCCAAGUUUGACUUGGGAGUCAAGUGUGGAAUGUCCAAUGGCUCCCGACAUUAGUUCCAUAAUCAAUGCUAAGGCUGGAAGUUCAAAGAAUAGGUGAAGGAAUUUAACGGCCUUCGAUUGUGGUUAUGAAGCAUGCUCAUGCUUAAUAAGUUAUGAAGGCAGUCUGUAUGUUUGAGUAAUGAAGUUGUCAGUUGGUUUUUUCCUUACCCUUUCAUAUGAGAAAUGAGUUUAUUUAAAAAUCAUAAAACAACAAAUACAUUCUCCGUCUUGAAGAUAUGACAAACUGAGCUAAAAACAAUAUUUUUAUGGUCUGCUAUUUGUUGACAUGUCUAAUUUAUUUUUUAUGCUAUAUUAAUUUCUUGUGAAAGUAAAUAAAGUAAGUUUUAAUGCUUGUUGAA